GUUAAAUACGGUCAGCAGAUCUGUUUCUCGUCAGACUGAGAGAAGAGGAGAGAGGCUACAGGGAGGAGAAAGCGGAAACAGCUGGGAGGUAAUUCCAAUAACAGGACCCAGAAUGAGUAUGGAACUUGAAUUGAAGAAUGUGGCUUUGACUGCAGGAGAAAAGCUGAAAGUAAAGGGAGAGAUUCUCCAUGAUGCUGAGAGAUUCCAGAUCGACCUUGGUUGUGACCCAGAGGACUUGGCUCUACACUUUAACCCCCGUUUCCAUGACGAUGCCGAUGGAGCAGUGCUUGUAUAUAACUCAAAGAUUGGAGGGUCCUGGGGUGAUGAAAAACGGGAAAUUGACAACCCUCUGCAGAGGGGCAGUGAUGUAAAGAUUGUGUUAAAACUAUGUGGAGACAUGUUUGAGGUGGAGCUUCCCGACGGACAGGAGGUCCAGUUUCCUAACCGUGCUGGAAUGGACGUCAUCAGCUACGUUCGAAUUAAAGGAGACUUCAAACUGACUAGUUUCAAGAUCUGCUGAGAGACAAACAAUUACAGUUGUCUUGAUGAUGAAAUCUGACAUCUGGGAAGACAUUGUUCAAAUAUAGAUUGUGUUGUCACAAAAGUAUCAUAAAAUACUAAAUAAUUUAACAGAUAUGUGGAAAUAAUGUAUAAUUAUUAAAAUAUUUGAAUCCCA